CAAAAAGUUCUGUCCGAAUACACUGGAUCAGCAGAUCGUGUUUACAACUACGAUAAAAAUGCUGAAUUUGCCAAGAAACUACUAGCUGAGGUGGCUGGUCCAAACUGCAUCAAAAGAGUACGCAGCGAUUCAAGAAGCGCCGAGAAAAGCAGUGAGAAAUCGCUCGGAAAGGAUCUGUUGAGAGAUAUUGGAAGCCGACCGGAUAAUACACUGAAACAAUUUGAAGGCGAAAAGGUAAUGCACAUGCAGACUGGUUUAGUGAUGAGCUUACGAAAAUCUUCAUUCAUUUAUAUGCGAACGUCGUGGAAUUCUUGCAUUUGA